AUGAGAAUACCGGGUAAACAGUUCAGAAUCAGAAUGGCUGCUGCGUUAAAUCAUUGGUUGAAUGUGCCUUUCGAAAAAAUGGUGAAAAUUGGAGAAAUAAUCCAACUGCUGCAUACAGGAAGCUUGCUUAUUGACGAUAUCCAAGAUGGAUCGGUGCUUCGACGUGGCGUCCCAGCUGCUCAUCAACUGUUCGGUAUUCAUUGCACCAUGAAUACUGCGUGCUACGUUAUUACCCAUGCCUUGAUUCAAACGAACGAAGUGGGAGGAGAAGCAGCUAAUAGAAUAUUUUGUCACGAGCUGCUGGAACUACAUCGUGGCCAGGGAGCUGAUAUAUUCUGGCGCGAUAAUGCCAUUUGUCCGACGGAGAAAGAAUACAAACUGAUGGUUGUUCGCAAAACGGGUGGAUUGUUUCUAAUGCUGAUUCGUAUGUUGCAGUUGUUCAGUGACAAUAAGCGUGAUUUUACGAAACUUGCUGGCCUAGUGGGACUGUUCUUCCAGGUUAGAGACGAUUACUGCAGUCUUAAGUCCAAGGAUUAUACCAAUAAGAAGGCGUUUUGUGAGGAUCUAUCUGAAGGGAAAAUGAGCUUUCCGGUGGUGCAUUCCAUCAUGGCUAUGAAUGAUAGAGAAGUUUUGCAUAUGUUGAGAAAACGCAGCACCAAUAUUGAGGACAAGAAAUAUUGUGUGGAGUUAUUAGAGAAAAACGGUAGUCUUCGGUACACUGCUGACAUGCUUGAAUUACUUGAGAUUGAAGUGAGAAGAGAGAUUAACAAUCUCGGAGGAAAUCCAUUUAUGGAGAAAUUAGUUGAUGAACUCGCAGCCUGGAAAAUCAUGGAAAGCAAUUAAAAAUUGCUGUGGUAAAUUUGUUGGCUCAAAUAUACCCAUUUUAACCAGGGGGAGCGACCCUAGUUUUGCCAAGCCAAAAAACCUUAAAAAAAGCUGAAAAAAGCUCA